CCUCCCUCUGAAGCCAGCUUUCUCUUCCUCCACCAUGCAGAUGUCUGCAAGAACGCUUCUUCUGUGCCUGCUGCUCACAGUUGCUGUCUGUAGCAUCCACGUGCUGGCCCAGCCAGAUGCCGUUAACUCCCCACUCACCUGCUGCUACUCAUUCACCGCCAAGAAGAUCCCAGAGAAAAGGCUGGAGAGCUACAAGAGAAUCACCAGCAGCAAGUGUCCCAAAGAAGCUGUAAUUUUCAUCACCAAGCUCAAGAGAGAGAUCUGCGCUGACCCUGAGCAGGAUUGGGUCCAGACAUACACAAAAAAACUGGACCAGAGCCAAAAUAGAUCAGAAACUACAAUUGUGUAUAAAAUUGCAUCUACUGUACGAUCUUCAGCACCACUGAAUGCUAACUUGACCCAUGGGCCUGCAAUUAAUGCAUCUACUAUUGCCUUUCCCACUGCAAACUCAAGAACUUCUGUAAGAGUGACCAGUAAGACAGCGAACUAGUGUGACCUGGAAUGUGAUGCCUUAAGUAAUGUUAAACUUAUUUAACUUAUUCAUGUUUCAAUAUUCCCUUCCUUGAAUACUAGGAUUUCUAAGAUGCGUGUUGAGGUUCCAUUAUUUUCCCUCUGUGAACCCUGGUCCUACAUUUUAAAUGUUAUGAGAUGACUUUUGUAAAGAUGAAUGUAAAAACUUGAUGUUUGAUAUUCCAAGGCAUUGUUUAAAAUAUUAUUAUGGAUAUUUCUAAUUAUUAAGAAAAAUAAAUUAUUUUUGUACAUA